AUGUCUUCUCUCUCCUACCUUGCCAGCUAUACCAUCAGGUGCUCUUCCACUAUUGAUGGUCAUGACCCAAAUAAGCAAAAAAUGAAUAGUAUCCAGGUCAAUGUGACUGUUAGUCAUGUCUCCACAGCUGACCUAGUAAACUAUAAAAAUGGAGCAGCCAACACCUUAGUUGCUCAUUUUGCUGAAAAUGGGUGCAUCAGCAAAGAACAAGAUCGCCAGAAUAUUCCGACGAAGAAGCAGUUCGUUGAUCCUUAUCGACAGGGGCUGAUCAUCGAAGAGGGUGUUGGGUACAGAGUCUACAGACAGACUGUUGUCGUUCGGUCCUAUGAAGUUGGUCCUGAUAAAUCUGCAACAAUUGAGAGCAUUCUUAACCUUCUUCAGGAAACAGCACUGAAUCAUGUGUGGAUGUCGGGUCUUCUUGGAGAUGGAUUCGGAGCCACACAUGGAAUGAUGAGAAAUAAUCUCAUUUGGGUUGUUUCAAGGAUGCAGCUCCAAGUGGAUCAUUAUCCUAUCUGGGGUGAGGUAAUGGAAAUCGACACAUGGGUCGGGGCGUCAGGGAAAAAUGGCAUGCGGAGAGAUUGGCUACUCCGAAGCCAUGCCACAGGCCUUGUAUUUGCCCGCGGAACCAGUACAUGGGUGAUGAUGAACCAGCAAACCAGGCGGCUUUCAAAAAUGCCAGAUGAAGUGAGAGCUGAGAUUUCACCAUGGUUCAUUGAGAAGCAAGCAAUCAAAUAUGAAAUCCCUGAAAAAAUUGAGAAGUUGGAUGAUAAGGCAAAAUAUGUCAACUCGGGCUUGAAGCCCAAGAGGAGUGAUUUGGACAUGAAUCAUCAUGUAAACAACGUCAAAUAUGUUCGAUGGAUGCUUGAGACCAUCCCUGAUGAAUUCUUGGAGGAUCACCAGCUGUCCGGUAUCGUCCUAGAAUACAGAAGAGAAUGUGGAAGUUCAGAUACCGUUCAAUCCCUUUGUCAACCUCAAGAAGAUGGAAUUUUCAAUGGAGUUCAACAAGAAAAUAGCAUCGGUUUACUCAAUGGAUAUUCAUUGACACCAGGAAUUCUUGAGGGCAAUGGAAUCCGGGGGUCCUUAUAUCGGGACCAUGUAGCUAUACACUACCUCCAAAUUAAAGGAGACUCUAAAAAUGAAGAGAUUGUUAGAGAAGAACCACGUGGAAGGGCAAAGCUCUCUAGCCGCUAUUUUCUACAUAGUGACCUAUAUUACAGAGCCGAUUACUAA